UUUCAACAGAGGGCGGUUGUAAAACAAAUAAUGUUUACUUCCGUAUUGACUGACUGUGUGACGCAAACUACAAAGCAACAAUUAUUUUCUUGAUACAUUAGUGCACAAGAUCAGAUGAGGUUCCGGGAUAACUAAUUCUACUUUAUGUGAUAUUCAUCCAGCAAUGCCAUGGAAGAGAACACUAGCACAAGCAGUAGCAGCACCAGACUGGCUGGUAACCUUAUUCUGAAACCAAAUGAGAGCAGUGGCAACAGUCGGAGUAAAAACACGAAAAAGACUGUGUACCAUUGGGGCAAUGCAGAGGUGAUACGCUGGCUAAGGAAACAUCACACACAUUACUACAAUCAAUACAGCCGGGUAUUCCAGGAACAUGACUUGUCAGGGCGUGCCUUGGUGCGACUCGAUCCAAUUAGAAUGGAGAAGAUGGGAAUCACAAACUCUGAACACAUAGCGGAUUUAUUGGAACACAUAUUCCGACUGAGGUUAAAACAUGAGCAGAAUGAACUGAAAAUACUUCAGAGCACACACCAAGCCGCUCCUCCAUGAACUUUCAGCAAAGGAGAAAAACAAUCCCAGUGGCCCAGCACAAUAAUGUUGUUGAUCUCUCUAGGAAAAAGGUACAGCCUAAACAUUAAAUUAUUUAUAGGGCUGUGCUGCCACUUAAUACACCAUGCAGAAACAACAGUUUUUAGGGUGUUUUUGUAGAAAGAAGGGCUUAUACCCCAAUUACAUUUUAUGUAGGAUCUCAAACGACCCUUAUUUCAUGAAAUAUGCUUUUUACAUUCAGACCCUACUGGUUGGCAAAACCAUAGAGAUUUGCACCCGGCAGUCUCACAAUCGCAUACUGCGUCACGCCGCCAUUAGUCGCAUACAAUCUUUGUCACGCCGCCAUUAGUCGCAUACUAAAAAGGGCAAUGUUCCCUCAUUUUGCCUAACAUACUUCAUGGAAAGGGUCUAUUAAAGCGUACGUUGUACGUGCAGUUGCUUGGUAUUAGUUUCUUUUAAUCGAGUGCUUGAGAUAGAAGACGUUAAAAUGGCUAUGUGUAUAUUGUAUGUUGUACAUUUUCUGAGAUUUAACUUUACAUAUUAUACCCCCCCCCUUGCAUUGGUUACCUGAUACUAAUGUGGUGGAAGUAUUACACUUGCUCUACCAUACCCAACCAGGGCACAAUUUCAUAGAGCUGCUAAGCACAACAAGUUGCUAAGCAUGACUUCUUCCUUGAUAAAAACAGGAU